UAUACAUGAAAAUAUUAACCAUAUCUUGGCGAUGAAUCCUUAAAGAUACACGAAUAACAAUGUAGGUUAUUGACAACGUAUCAUUCAAAAUAUAAUUGAUAAAUUUGAAAUUCUAAGUCCAAAAUAUUUUUUGACAUCAUUUUUGGAUUCAGCGACCUUAAAUUAGUUGAAAAACAUCUACUUAAAAAUUUUCAUUCUACUAUUUUAAUGCUUGCCAUUAAAAAAAAAAAAAAGAUGUUUGGUCCGUUCAAAUCUUCUUCACCCGGGUCUAUGUACUCUCGGUCCGUCCCUGAAUAGAAGCUGUGUAUUAAGUACCUAUUCGCGGUAGUUAAUAAUCCGUUUGUUCGCGUAAUAAAGGAAAAAAAAUUAUUUACGUAUGCGCGUAUCUUGAGCGUUCAACGGUUUUCCGGUGCAAGGCCGUCGAGAGUCAAUCGCGAUCAGGGUCGUAGUAAGUCUGGUUUAGUCGUCGUAUGCUACAACGCGAGCCACGGGGCCGUGCGUUCGUUAAUUUUUCAAACGGACUCCGUAAUCGGUGAGGACACCCGCGGUUGGACUCCUUCCAAAAAGGCGGCCAUCCCCUCGAACGGUAAUACAGCACGCGCGCACGCACCCACGCCAGAAAGAGGCGGUCCCGUUUUUAUUUUUACCGGUCCCUGCAGCAGAGCGCAUUGUUCGUCCGUUGGGCCGUCCCGCGACCACGUCGUCGUCUCCCGCAGUCACUUCACACACUCGCCACCAGAUGUCCGCGCGACACCCACCUCCCGUUAACCGGUGCCACAAUCGCAGCACGUCCGAUGAAGUCCUGAUCCGCUGUGACAUCGUGUUCUACGCGCGCGCCGAAAAACAAUUCGAAUCCGUUGCGAAAUAGCGAUAUAGCAAUAUUUUCAUCAACCGAGCGUAAAAGGUUCCAGAGCGGUCGUCAACCACUUACCAACCGUCGACGGUUGCCGAUGCGUUUUCGCAGUUCAUUCGUGCACAUGGUCGGCGAACGGGCAGGAGCCGGGGACCUGUACGGCCGGCCCGAAGACGAGUACGUGUCCGAGAACACCAAGAGGUUCACGGUGGACUCGCUGCUGAGGACCCGAGGACCGGACGCAGCGGCCGUCGACGGACGCGACCCUAUCGCGUCUCACGACCGAGUUUUUUUUUCAGAAACGAAUACAGAGCUGAACAGUCAGCGGAAAACUAAACCGAGAAGAAAUCGUACUACGUUUUCAAGCUGCCAGCUGAGGGCUCUGGAAAAAGUGUUCGAGAGGACACACUAUCCAGACGCGUUUGUCAGGGAGGAGCUGGCAAGAAGAGUUUCUCUGUCUGAGGCGAGGGUCCAAGUUUGGUUUCAAAACAGACGGGCCAAAUUCAGACGGAACGAAAGAAGCAGUCUGUCCGGAAACAACCCCAACGUUUCUGCCAUCCCGUCUGACAGAUCCUUGAAGGUGGAACAACCCCUUUUGCCUAGGUCUAAUGCGAACGCCGUUCACUCGGAACUGCCAUUUACCACUGGUUCCGGUUUCGGCGGUCUCUUGGAAUACUCGACGUGGAAAUCGAACGGUUUGUCUCAAUGCGGAAUGUUUCAGCACUCUACCGGUUACCCAUCUUUCUUGCCUGUGACCACUGGUGGCAGUAAUCACAACAAUCCUCCGAUGUCGAUGUCCGUCUCGAAUUGUCUGGUACCAAACCAUCACACCGGUUACAUAGUUUCCACUAACCUGGCGAACAUGAGAAUUCGUCCCCACGAGUAUUACAUGGACGCUCCACAAAUGUAGCACGCGCAUAUAUCUAUUUCGCAUUAAUCGUUGUUUAUAUAUUACAACUAUUUUUUAGUGCCAAUUCACCGCUCAAAAUUGCUAUACUGUUAAGAUAUAAUCUAAAUAAUGUAAUAAAUUAUUAAUAAUUAUAUUAAUAAUAAAUAUAUAAAUAUAUAUAUAUACAUAAGUCAGUGCCGUAUCUAGGGAAUGAUGCCCGGAGCUAAUAAAAAUGCAGCGCCCUCGCGUAAGUGGAAGUAUGAGGUAUGUUCAUAACUUUUUAUUUUUUAUAUACUUAAGAGCUCCCUUUAUAUCUACAGCGCCUUGACCUAACAUACUUAACCCCCUCUAAAUCCGGCACUGAUUUAAGUACAAUAUAUUGGUUCGCAUUAAAUUAACUUUAUAUGUUAUCAUAUACAAGUCAUUCUUAAUUGUUAAUUAUUUAUAAUAUACGAUAUUUAUAACUCAAUAAGUCAUCAUAAAAAUUAUUGUACAACUAAGCGAUUCUUAAAUUUCUGAUCAAAUUAUUAUUGACAAUAACACAAUGAUACAUAUCCUAAUAACCUGUUCAGUGGCAAUUCAUCAAUUUUACGCCCAUCAAUAAUUUAAUAAAGUUUGAUAACAUCUCGUUCCAUUGUGAAAAUUGAUAGGUAAAAUCCGUUUUUACAACGGGGGCAUAUAUAGGAUUUUCUUGAAGAGGGGGAUAUCAAAAUUUGUUUAGUGCUGUUGCAACUUUUUAUCAG